GGCGCUUUAUUCACGUCACUAGGAAGCAGUUGCCGCCCACCUUUUCGAAGACGGGAAGCAGCCUUUGGACAUUGUUGCACGCAGGAGGAAAUUGGCAGUGACGCCUGGCGUUAACAUUUCCUUAAUUGAAAAGUGAAGUCUCUGUACAGUUAGAUUUCUGUUUUGGAUUACAUGGCGUGGCGAGGGGCGUUGCGGCUUGUGGUCCCCCAGCUAUGGAAGAUGACAAGGCGUGCAGUCACUGGACCUCUGUGGACACGGCAGAGUGCAAGCAUCUGGCUGCAACGCUUGCCCCUUUUUCUCCAGAGGCAGCAGCUACGGGCUCUCAGCUGCCCCAGCGGCCCAGACACUACCGUCACAUAUGAGAAGCUGAAGCAGACAAUGGCUUCACCCGAGCGAGGCACUACGGUUGUGGACGUCCGCGAACCCUGGGAGUUACGAGAAUACGGUCGAAUUCCGGGCUCCUUAAAUGUGCCACUGGGUCAAAUAGAAGAAGCUUUGAAACUGGACCCAGAAGACUUCAAACAGAAGUAUGGUGAAAAAAUGCCAUCGAAGUCGGACCAUAUUAUUUUUUCUUGUCUGGCUGGAGUCCGAAGCCAAAAAGCUCUUGAAACCGCUACCUCUUUAGGAUAUACAAAAGUUCAGCAUUACCCUGGAGGAUGGGAUGAAUGGGUAAAGACUGAAACAUCUGGGAAAAAAAAUUAAUACUACAAUGGGAAACAAAUUUUGUUUGAAAACCAAUCAAAACCAAUUAAAUGGUUUAUCUUAAACUACCAAAAGUUGAACAAAUGUAAUUUUUUGUUGUAUUUAAUAACAUUUGCAUUGGCCAAACACUGAAUGCAUUUAUAAUAUUUUACUAUGUAUACUAAAGUGUAAAAUGCUUAAUUUGUUUAAGUCUUGCAGAAAAGUUUGUUCUUCUAAUAACUAUUUAUUUUUUUAUCUGAUCUAUUGCUGUUAAUAAAAUGUUUUUGUGUAAAUUUCA